GCUGCGCAGGAGCUGCGGACUUGAAGGAAAGAAAUCUAAUGAUUGUUAUUGCUAGUUUUUAUCUAAACGCGGUGCAUUAUAGACCUGAGCCUGAUUUUUCUUCAAUUGAUUAAUAUAUAUUUUUUCAUUUCUACUUAACAUACUUUUGAUUAGUUUUUCCCACAAUCGUAAGUUCUUGUGAGAGUAGGCUGCAAACUUCGGAUGAUCUUUUCUUUUUUUUUUUUUUUUUUUUUUAACUCUUCGGGGAUUUUGUUUACUGAAACCCUGCAGCUGAUCGGCUGUACAGACUGGAGUGUGUGGACUGAAACAGUGUAAACUCAGCAUCAGACUGUGGCUUCAGUUGGACCGACGAGCCUCCGGUGCCAACGCCUUCCCCCCUCUCUCUCUGUCUCUCUCUCUGUCUCUCUCUCUCUCUCUCCGCUGCUCCAGCUCGCACAGGGCUCGUUUGACGGCGUUUUCCUUCAACUCAUGAGCUGCUGAAACCACAAUCCGACACUAGAGAAGUGGUGUGAGAGAUUCAAAAUGGGCUGCACGAUCAGCGCCGAGGACAAAGCUGCGGUGGAGAGGAGUAAAAUGAUUGACAAAAACCUGCGGGACGACAGGGAGAAGUCCUCCAGAGAAGUGAAACUGCUUCUGCUUGGUGCUGGGGAAUCUGGGAAAAGCACAAUAGUGAAGCAGAUGAAAAUCAUUCAUGAAGAUGGCUACUCAGAAGAGGAGUGCAAGCAGUACAAAGUGGUGGUGUACAGCAACACCAUCCAGUCCAUCAUGGCCAUCAUCAGGGCGAUGGGCCGGUUAAAGAUAGAUUUUCGGGAUGCUGCACGGGCGGACGAUGCCCGCCAGCUGUUUGUCCUGGCAAGCUCAGCCGAGGAAGGUGUGAUGUCGGCCGAGCUGACCAGCGUGAUUCAGAGGCUGUGGAGCGAUACCGGAGUUCAGGCGUGCUUCGAUCGAUCACGAGAGUAUCAGCUCAACGACUCCGCUGCAUACUACCUGAAUGACUUGGACAGGAUCUGUCAGCCGACCUACGUCCCGACUCAGCAGGAUGUGCUACGUACACGUGUGAAGACCACUGGCAUCGUGGAAACUCACUUCACCUUCAAAGAUCUCUACUUCAAGAUGUUCGAUGUCGGGGGUCAACGCUCGGAGAGGAAGAAGUGGAUCCAUUGCUUUGAGGGAGUCACAUCUAUAAUUUUUUGCGUAGCGCUCAGUGAUUACGACCUUGUGUUGGCUGAGGAUGAAGAGAUGAACCGGAUGCAUGAGAGCAUGAAGCUCUUCGACUCCAUCUGCAACAACAAGUGGUUCACGCUCACCUCCAUCAUCCUCUUCCUCAACAAGAAGGACUUGUUUGAAGAGAAGAUCGAAAGGAGUCCGCUCACUAUCUGCUACCCUGAAUACCCCGGUGGGCACUCAUACGAAGAGACUGCAGCUUACAUCCAGUGCCAGUUUGAAGACUUAAACAAGCGAAAGGACACCAAGGAGAUCUAUACCCACUUCACUUGUGCCACAGACACCAAGAAUGUGCAGUUUGUGUUCGACGCUGUCACUGACGUCAUCAUCAAGAUCAACCUGAGGGAGAUCGGGCUCUACUAAAGCUUCAGGCCCUUCAGGUGUCAGGAGAAGAAUCAGAACUUCUGGACUGGUAUGUCUUGUCUGCAGAGGGCAAUUGGAAAGUAGGUGAUAACUAAGGACUAAGCUGGAGGCCACGCUGCAUGCAGGACCUAAAUUCCACAAUUUGGGGACUUGAUGCUACAAUUAUUUUUGUCUUAAUAGAUGUUAUGAGGCAAAGCACACUGAGAGAAAGUGAUGAGUGGGGGAGGCUUUUGAAACAAUCACUGUGAGAACUGUGGAGUCUUGUCAUAUUUAAGACCUUUACAUCAGUCAGGAGGCUGGCAGGUAAAGCCCCUCUGAUGUCUCUGACACAAUUAUAAUUUGUCUGUCAUAUGUACAAGGACCAAAGCAGAGAGUGUAUCAAAUCGUUCACUGCAUUUCACAGUUUCACAGUGGAUAUGUAAAUUAUGUUCACUUUUAUUUCUUUUGCAUCUUUUCCUAGCUUGAGUCUAUAUCACAUGGCUUUUAUUGAAUAUUUGUAUAUGUUAUAUUUUAAUUUUUGAGUUGCAGUUAUUUAGUAUUUCCACUUUUGGAUGUGUGAAUGCAAUAACUUAUGUAUGGAGAAGCGUUUUGUGUGAGCAGUUUUGAUGUAUAUAGCGUAACCUUUUGGGUCUGGGAUUAGUUAGCAAGAGUGUAAUGAACUCCGUAGCAACACGGCUGUCUACAUAGUUAGUUAUUAACUAGACAACAUUGUAUUGAACAAUUUUUUUUAUACAUGAGACACAUCACUGCAAAUCAAUUUGUCAAGGGAGACUUCAUUUCCCUGCAUUUUUUUCCAUAGGAGUUUGAAUAUGACUUGUAUAAAACACUCAGUGGAGGUCAAUAUAGAAUAUUCUUUAUUUCAAGGUAUUUUUAAUCCUAUGGAUAUCAGUGAAGAUGUAAAUACACACAUUGAACAUAAAGAGUGGGAAAGUUUGAAAUAGCCAGAAGCUGUAUUUGUUUUCUUUGGCUGCAGCGAUCCAGUAAUCCUGAGGAAGUCUGUGGCUUAUAUACAGAAUACUGUAGUGGAGCACUGUUUGGGUCACAUCAGUCACUUCCUACACAGAGUAAUCCUGGUAGAUAACAUUCCUGAAUGUUUAAGUCUAACUUUUCCGUACUUUGCUGCAGUUGUUUUGGUUCGUUUUACAUCAUUAAAUGGUGG